UAGUGGCGCUUGGAGAACUACAGAUCCCAUGUUUACAUUCGGUUCCCAUUUAUAGCAACAGAAGUGUAUUUCAGUGCCCGUUCAACACGGUCUUGGUUGCGACAGAAGGAGGUUCAGGUGACUGUGUUGCUCAUAAAUCCCCGGAAUGAAUGACAGAACGGAGGAAGAGACGAUCCCUGCUGUGAUGGAAACAUCAUCAUUCUCGCAGGUAGUUUUCAACGACGUACCACCAACGUAUCCUCCAAACACCGCAGUGACGUGCCGGUACACUCUCACCGGUGGCCUGCAGCCGAACUCGAGAGACUGGAUCGGCAUCUUCAAGGUUGGUUGGAAUUCAACCAAGAUGUAUUUGUGCUAUGUAUGGGUGGAACCUUGCCUGGACCAUGUCGGACUUGAGCCAGUCUCGCAACAUGUGGUUUUCAAAGAGAGCAACCUACUCAAGGAUGAUGGGGAGUUUUACCAGUUCUGCUAUGUGGAUAGCAGCGGUCGUGUCAAAGGAGCCAGCACGCCAUUCUGCUUUCAAAAUCCAGCAGAAACCAGUCUUGAUUGUAGCUUGGAGAAGGACAUCUUAGUUGUAACAACACAGGAGCAGGCAGAAAAGAUGGAAAAGGAGAAAGAGGACUUUGUGAAAGAGAUCGAUUCCUUAAAAGAAAUAAAUGAGAUCCUGAGAAAUGAGCUGGAUGAAAGACUGCAUGAAAUCUGCUGUCUCAGGAGCUGCCUAGAUGAUUUGAAGUCAAAAGAUAAACUGGAAACACCACUGUCAGAUGUACAGGAUUACAAUGCCACUGAAGAGUCACUGAGCCUUCUUCAAGAAAAGUGUGAGAAAGCUGUUCGAAAGAUCAACAUGCUGAAGGGGGAAAAGGCUGAGUUACAGCAAAAGGUUGAACUCCAGGAAGCAGAGGCCCUCAAACAAAAUACCAUGCUGAAAGAGACAGAGCAAAAUUAUUACAAACUACAGGACCGUGUUCAGUUGCUACAGGUGGAUGUGCAAAGCAGCAGGAAAGACAAUGAAAAAUUGCAUGCAGAAAUCCAGGAGCUCAUUAAAGAGAAAAAGACCCUAGAAGAUCUGAAAGAUGAAAACAAAUCAUUACAUGCAUCCAUAUCGGAGCGAGGGGGAGAAGAGAACAAUAAAGAAGUACAGAUUCAGGCCCUGCUCACUCAGCUGACAGAAGCCAGGAGGCUGCUACAUAGAGAAAUGCAGAAUUGCAAAGAAGCCAACAAACGUGCAGAAGGAGCCGAGCAGGAAUUGAAGACAGUGAAAAAGGAGCUGGCAGAGAUGGCUGUGAAUUUGGCUGAGGGCGAGAAAACCAGUCAAAUCCAGGCACAGCUUCAUACUGCACAGGACAAAAUUUAUGAAAUGGCUGAGACAUCAAGAUUAGACAGAGAGAAUCUCAUUAAAAAAAAUGAGAAACUGCAGGCAGAAGUAGCAAAACUGCACAAGGCAUUGUUUGACUACCAGCUCGCAUCUGUUGCCGCCAUGUCUGAGCAACUACCAAACCCUCAAAGCCCACCUGCAUUGGCCAACACGCAGGAGCAAACAUACACAUCUGACUCUCACUACUAUGAGAGCAUCGAUGACUUGACUGGAGAUCCAGCAGGAACAGAGAGCAAGAUGAGGGUGUGCCAGCAUUGUCAGGAGAGCUUUCCUAGAAUCGGCGAGGAUGAACUAGCACAGCACGAGCAGUCUCACAAAGUGUGUCCAUUCUGCACUCUGAUCUGUGAUGAUUGGGAUCAGCAAGCGUUUGAAGACCACGUCUAUAGUCAUGAGGACUAGUCAAGUCCUGUUCUGUAUCUGCUAUACUGUCUUUAGGAAAGUAUGGUAGUGGCACUGGUUAAAGUACUGAAUGAUCCAGGAUUUCUAGAUAUAUGCAUUGCAUGUCUUUUAUUAUUAGCAAUUAUACAACAGCUGUUUUUCAUCCUCUAAUUUAAUUGGACAAGCAGCUUUCCAAGAGUGCUUGGUAUUUUAAGAUAACAGCGCUGGGACUUUUCACUCUUUGUAUCACUUUACUCGUCUGUCCGCCACGUUCCAGACAGCUGUCUGUGCAACUUGGUGACACGCAAAGAUUGAUGCUUAGUCUUCUUUGAGAACUAUUUUCGUUAGCGGAGAAAAAAAAAACUAUACAAAUUGGUGAAAUUUUGUUUGAAACGCAAGUCAAAAUAUACAUUUAUAGUUUACAGAAAUGUUGUAUGAAAGCAAUAUUACACUUGCAGUCAUGCUGUACUGAUAUUUGCUGCAACAGAACUCUUGAUGAUGUGAUAUUUCUUAAUUAUUGGAUGGCUCUCUGGAAUACUUGAUUCUGAUUGGUCAGUCGUGGCAAUCUGUGGUAAGAUACUUUUCUGUAAUGAUCACAUAACUGUAGAAUUGACUGUUGUCCAAGGCAGCUCUUAUCCAAGAUAGCUGUGCUAGUUUCAUGUAUCUCAACGGUCACUUUCUUCUCACAUAAUAAAAUAACUUAAAUUCAA